CCACAGUCUCCCUGUUUUUUCAGCAUGAGUCGGAUUGCUGCACUGCGUGUGACUGUGCAUUCGUUCGCGAGUGUCAAUAGCCGUUGGGUUGCCCGUCGCGGAGCGGGCCUCGAUGGCGCUCAUCCACCAUCACAGCGACCCUUACCGGUAUCACCAGCACAUCCACAUUGCGUACAGGAACGUUCCUUCCAGUCCACUUCACAACCGUUGUGGCUACCCAUCAAGGACGUCGAAGUGCUGAGUCUCGUUGGCGAUGGCGCUGUCCAGCAGAAUGGAUCGGAUCCCACCAUAGGCAGCGGCCGCAGCACCGGCACCGCACGGUUGGUACAAAUCGUGGCCCCACCCGGAUCGCUCGUCACCGCGGGCGACGUCGUCGCCGUUCUCCAAACGGAACCGAACGGAUCCACAACGUCCGUACGGUCCCCGCAAGAUGGGAAAAUUGUUGCCUGGACCAAGACACUCACGGAACGCGUGCAGCUCGGCGACGUGCUCUUCCGCAUCGAUACCGACGCGGGGGACGACGUCCCCCACAACGACGUCCACGAACUCGUGGCGCACGUCGCCACGCACAACGGUACCCUACCCGACGACGUCUUCCAGACGUACCUGGAGUGGACCGACGUGCCGCGCAUACAAAUCGUGGCCAACGUCUUGCGUGAUCGCUUUCCCACGCUGCGCGAACGAGCCCUAGCGUUGUACAGCCGAGUCUUGGCCCUGCAGCGAUCCCAACCGGAAACACCCGCUCGGCAAGUGGCGACCACCGCCACCGAUAUUGGUAUACUCCUGUACCGGAUGGGCGAUCUGGAACAAGCCUUGACGCACUUGUCCUACGCUCGGGAUAUUCGCAUCGAAACGUUGGGCCCGGAACAUCCCGAAACGGCGGCGGCACACAUACACAUUGGGGCCGUUUUGAACCAAAAAGGAGACUUGGACGGAGCCUUUGACAAAUUUCAAACCGCCUUGCAAGCACAAAUUGCGAAUCUCGGAGAAUCUCACGCCCUUGUGGCGGCUUCGUGGAAUAAUCUCGGAGCUAUUCGCUACCAAACUGGACAAUAUGCCGAAGCACUCUCCCUGUACCGCAAGGCACUCGCCAUUCACCGAGAACUGCACGGAGAAGCGCACGCCGAUACCGCCGGGUCGUACCACAAUGUCAGUAUUGCGCUCAAACACGUCGGCGAUAACAUGCCCAUGGCACUGGAGCACUGUCAAAAGGCUUUGCAAAUUCGUCGCGACGUUCUGGGUCCGGAAGCUCCCGAUACAGCCGCCAGUCACUACGCACUCGGGCAGUUGUUGUCGGAAAUUGGACAGUGGGAUGCCGCCGUGGAGCAGUACAAAGCGGCCGUGGCCAUUCACGAGUCGGUCUAUGGGCGACAGUCCCCCAUUACGGCGUCGGGAUACAACAAUCUGGGUGCCGUCUACUACCAACAACAGAACUACGCGGCAGCCUUGACGGAAUACCGCAAGGGUUUGGACAUUCUGCAAGCCGUACUACCGUCCAAUCACGCGGACGUGGCGGCGGCGUGGAACAACGUCGGAUUGGCACUAGCCCAACAAGCGAGUCGGGAACAAAACGUGGCGAAACUGGACGAAGCCUUGGCGGCGCACCGGCACGCACGGGCGAUUCUAGAAGAAUCCUACGGACCGGAUCAUCCCAGUCUCGCAAUGACCGUUGGGAGCAUUGGUAACGUACUCAAGGCGCAACAGCAAUUUGAUGCGGCCUUGUCCGAAUUCCGUCACGCACACGUCCUCUUGGAAAAAGCGCUCGGUCCCGUCCACGCCGACGUUGCUAGUUCGCACAACAACAUUGGUCUCGUGUUGGCGCAACAAGCUCGUUUGGAAGAAGCACUGGCGGAGUACCGGGCAGCUCAGAAAGCCUUUGCUGCGAGCUUGGGCGAUACGCAUCCGCAUACGGGGUCGACGCAUUUCAAUAUGGGUCUAGUUUUACAAGAACUGCAGCGGACUUCCGAGGCCAAGAUCGAGUAUGACAUGGCCCGUGCGGCGUGGACGGUAUCACUCGGCCGGGACCACGAUCAUACGCAAAUGGCCGCCCAAGCCGUGGACAUUCUGAACGAGAAUGGAUCCUGAUGCUUGUAGAAGAGUGGAACGUAUUCGGAUGGAAUUGAAAACUCUGAUCGAGUUUCGAAUGGUUUCGGCAGCAUUCCAAUUGGGUACGAGCACGCAACUUAUCCUUUAAAGAUUGUACUCAGCGGCCAGAAAGUGGAACAGUGGAACGUCUCUCGUGAAACUUGCUAGUUGGAUCUGCCAUCUAGUGUUUUUAGAGUUUUCGCCUUCCCUUGGACCGAAAGCUCGUGUCAGGUAAAAAAUGUGCUCCAAAGGUUAUUAAUUUUUCUGUGGUUAAGGUGUAAUCAGUAAAAGCAAUUCUUCAGAGUG